AUGCUAAAAUGGAGGCAUACCUACCCUAGAGAGUUUUCUCGAAGUUCUGUUUGCGAAUUCCCACUUGUGGAUCUGAUGCUUAUACUUAGUUGGAUAGUGUCAUCUGUGAUAGAUUCCUACAUCUUUUUUGUGGGUUUUAGCUUACGAAUGAGAACCAGAGACAAAGAUGGUUCUAUUGUAGGACAGACCCCUGAUAGAGCUGAUGCUGAAGCCCGGGAUGACGAGGCGCAGACUUCAGAGCUACGGGAUGAACGUCUUCCUCCGGCCGGUUCUCACUGGAAACGGAUGGCAGAGCAGCAUACGCAGUUUCGUGCAUCCCGCUCUUGGGGUAUUAGAGUAUCCACUGUUGAGGAGGAGGCUGAGCAGGAGGUUGUUGCUGAGCGAAUUGAUGAGGUGUUCCCCGUUGAUACAGACACCGCGACUCGUGCGUCUACAAAGUCAUCAGUAUACACUGAUGAAGGUUUCUCUGAAGGACCUUCAUACAGGUCCGUGCUGACAGGAUUUGCGGACAAUGUCGCUUAUAGGAUAUGGAGCGUCCAAUGUUGA